AUGGUUCAGGACUUAAGAGAAGUAAAUAAGAGGGUGGAAACCAUCCAUCCCACCGUGCCUAACCCGUACACUCUCUUAAGCCUUUUACCACCAGAUCGUACGUGGUACAGUGUCCUGGACCUGAAGGAUGCCUUUUUCUGCCUUCCUUUGAACCCUCAGAGCCAGUUGCUAUUUGCUUUUGAGUGGACAGACCCUGAGGAAGGGGACUCGGGCCAACUGACCUGGACCCGACUACCCCAAGGGUUCAAGAACUCCCUCACCUUGUUUGAUGAGGCUCUGAGUCGAGAUUUGCAAGAGUUCUGUGCCAGGCACCCUGAGGCUACACUCCUUCAGUAUGUAGAUGACCUCCUAGUGGCAACCAAGGAAGAAAGCGAGUGCAUUAGGGUGACUGAGGAUUUGUUAAGGACCUUGGGUGAACAAGGAUACCGUGUCUCCGCCCGAAAGGCCCAAUUGUGCAGCAAGGAAGUUACUUAUCUGGGUUUCCGAAUAAAGGAAGGGGCUCGGUCCUUAGCAGAGAGCAGAGUCCAAGCAGUCCUCCAGAUACCAGUCCCGAAGACUAAGCGGCAGGUCCGGGAAUUCCUAGGGACUGUGGGCUAUUGUCGCCUGUGGAUACCAGGCUUUGCAGAAAUGGCUAAGCCCCUCCACACAGCUACAGCUGGGGGAGCAGGACCUUUAAUUUGGACAGAGAAGGAGGAAGAGGCCUUCCAAACUCUUAAACAGGCCCUCCUUCAAGCCCCGGCCCUCAGCCUACCUGAUCUGGACAAGCCUUUUCAGCUUUUUUGUAGCCGAGGGACAGGGAGUGGCAAAGAGGGUGCUCACCCAAACUCUAGGACCCUGGAAGAGGCCAGUGGCUUACUUGUCUAA